AAAUGUUGCACAUGAGCAUUGGGGGAGGUUGACUGUGUUGCGAUUAACACGCUCCCUCAGCUGGGUGUUCAUUUCAAUCUGCAGUACGAUAUCCUCAAGUCUGAACCCUUGGAUGAGGGUCACUUGCCAGAGGAGGAUUUUUUUCUGCCUCUCUGUUUUUUAUACUUCCUUCUUGGGCAGAAGGCUGGUGUAAUAGAAACCAGACACAAGCCAGAAUGUGAGGCAUUCACAGCGGCGAGACCUCACUGCUUCAUAGAAUGGGAAAACGGAAUAAAUAGAAAGUCUAGUCUGAUAAGUUCCAUUAUUGCUUUUUCAUUUUUGCCAUUCUGGAAGUUAUUAAUAAGACGGAAAAGGCCAGGACAUUAGGAUGGAAGUGGAAUUCAAUGGAUCAGACUGUUCAGGGGAUAUCUAGAGAGGGCACAGGAGACCUUCAGGAUGGGAAAUGCAUGUACAACUUUUCCAGAUUCUAGUUGAAAAGCUUGUUAGAGCAACAUGAGCUGGAGCUUUCUAACUCGUCUCCUGGAAGAGAUCCACAACCACUCCACCUUUGUGGGGAAAGUGUGGCUGACUGUGCUCAUCAUCUUCCGCAUUGUGCUCACAGCGGUUGGAGGCGAGUCUAUCUACUCGGACGAGCAGACCAAGUUCACCUGCAACACCAAGCAGCCAGGUUGUGACAACGUAUGCUAUGAUGCCUUUGCCCCGCUCUCGCACGUCCGCUUCUGGGUCUUCCAGAUCAUCAUGAUCUCCACUCCUUCUAUUAUGUACAUGGGUUACGCCAUCCACAAGAUAGCCCGAAGUACAGAGUUGGAUCGCAGGAAGCAACUCAGGCUCCGCAAAAAGUCUUCUCCUCUCUCCAGAUGGAGAGAAAGCCACCAUCUGGAGGAUGUCUUAGAGGAGGAUGAAGAUGACGAUGCUGAGCCCAUGAUCUAUGAGGAUACACUGGAGGUGCAGGAGGCCAAGCCCGUACCAGUGAGCAGCACAAGCAAAGACCCACCAAAACAUGAUGGCCGCCGAAGAAUUAUGCAAGAAGGCCUGAUGAGAAUCUAUGUUCUUCAGCUCAUGUCGCGAGCUAUUUUUGAAAUCGCUUUCCUUGCAGGACAGUAUCUCCUCUAUGGUUUUCAAGUUAGUCCUUCAUAUGUAUGUAACAGGGUCCCCUGUCCACACCGAGUGGACUGUUUCAUCUCCAGGCCCACAGAGAAAACAAUCUUCCUCCUCAUCAUGUAUGUGGUAAGCUGUCUUUGUCUAGUGCUAAAUGUGUGUGAGAUGCUUCACUUGGGAAUUGGCACUUUUCGGGACACCCUUCGCAUGAAGAGGAACGGCCGACGGACGUCCUACGGCUACCCGUUUUCUCGAAACAUCCCAGCCUCUCCUCCGGGGUACAACCUUGUGAUGAAGACAGACAAACCUAGCAGGAUCCCCAACAGCCUCAUUACCCACGAGCAGAACAUGGCCAAUGUGGCCCAGGAGCAGCAGUGCACCAGCCCAGAUGAGAACAUCCCUUCUGAUUUGGUAAGCCUACACCGGCACCUACGGGUUGCCCAAGAACAGCUCGAUAUGGCCUUUCAAACAUAUCAAACCAAAAACAACCAACAAACCUCCAGAACCAGCAGUCCUGUAUCUGGGGGUACAAUGGCAGAGCAAAAUCGCGUCAAUACAGUCCAGGAGAAACAAGGAGCAAGGCCGAAAUCAGCUACAGAGAAGGCGGCAACCAUUGUUAAAAAUGGAAAGACCUCUGUCUGGAUCUAGAGAUAAAUCUAAUUUAGUAAAUUAACAGUAAAAAACGGAGGUCUCCAGGACUCCAUUGUGACACAGCUGGAGGAAGUGUGUGUGUGUGUGCGUGUGAUUGAGAGAUGGGACUUUGGACAAUAACAAUUGACAAUUUCAAUCAAUCUAGCUGAAGAAGUACGGCACAAAGUUUACGAAAAUAUUAAAAAAGACACAUGAGGAAAUUAUCAAAUCCAGUAUAUCAAGAUUCUUCUUUGUUACUGUAGUGCAUUAUUCUGUGCUUGCCGUAGCUUCUGGACAUGGUUUACAUGUGCUUAUUUAGUUAAACAUCUCUAAUUCCAACUAAAAUGUCAAAGUAUAAACAUACUGCUUCGAGCUAUUUAUCUGUUCUACCCUUGACUGCCGCUGAACUGGAUUAAUCAAAAAAAAAAAUCUAACUCUGUAAGUGUGUGAUUGUACCCUUGAUCCAAAUUAGAAAACGCAGUGAAAAACACCGUACAAAUGCACAAUGACUCAUUUCUGAGGAAUGAUGAUUAUCGUUGGAAAGAUGCAUGUUUAAUAUUUGGGAAAGUAUUUUUGGAUGCAGAACGGAUGCUGAAAGCAGAUUCAAUGUGAAAUAUUUUGAUAAAGAUAAUGAAACAGGGCUGUGUCACUGCAGGCUCUCCCAGUCAACAUCUGAUCAGUGUGAUGAUCUUCAGUCAUUGCGUGCAAAGCCUUUAUCUAUUUUAUAUUUUCCAAAGCCUUUCAGUGUCACAUUAGAAGGGAAAGAGGUAGGUGAACAGAGAAUCAGAUUAUUUUCUAAACUAAAUACUGAUUUGCUGCAAUCUGAAGCAGAUGAUGCAUGCUUUACAAAUGGGAACAUACAGUAGAGACUACAGUAGAAACCCCAUCCUUAGCUAUUCAGUUAGCGCUACAUUUAUCUUAUGUUUAGGCAUGUUAGUUCUUGAAAAAGACCGUUUCAGUUUUUCUGUCAUUGAAGCAUAAAUUGGUUUCUGAGUAAUAUUUAAUCCUGCCUUCAAUGUUGUCAUAAUUCAAAGUGCCUCAAACUUUUAAAGACUGUUCUCAUAUUUUAUUCAUUAAGAAAUAAAAUUAUUUGAAAGGUCUGAUUUCUUGCUUUGUAAUGCAUCUGCCUCUCUGCCUUGUCACACUAAUAGCAAUAGUGUGUUUUUGAAACUGCAAAGUGAAACGUUUUUAUUGAAAUGUAUUUCAAGGUUGGAAGCUUGCAAUAAAGUUUUAUUGUUACAACAAAUGUGUCUCAUAUGUUGUAACAAGAAAACUAUCCGAUCAAAGCCUAAACAAAAUACAUAAACAAUUAGUCAAAUUGUAAAUGACUAAUUUAUACAAACUGAUGCUGGGAUGAGAUGUUGAGAUUCUUCUGUUAUACUAAUCACAACAAAUGUGUCUUAAAAAUACACUCACGGGCCAUUUACAGGUUGGAUCCCCUUUUUGCCUUCACAGUACAGUGAACUCAUUGUCAUGUUCAAGAAACCAGUUUGAGAUGAUUUAAGCUUUGUAACAUGUUGCGUUAUCCUGCUGGAAGUAGCCAUUAGAAGAGGGGUAGACACUGUAAUCAUAAAGAGAUAGACAUGGUCAGUAACAAUACUCACGUAGGCUGUGCUCAAUUAUUACUAAUGGGCCCAACGUUUGCUUCCCCAUUCUGAUGCUUGGUUUGAACUUCAGCAGUUCGCCUGCAUGUCUACAUGCAUAAAUGCAUUGAGUUUCUGCCACGUGAUUGGCUGAUUACAUAUUUUCAUUAACAAGUCGUUAAACAGGUGUACCUUAUGAAGUGGCCGGAGAGUGUAUGUACUCUAAGAAGAAUUUUUAAAUGUAUGGGGCAGCAAACUGUAAUGAGAAGAAUGGUAUAAAGUUUUAUGGAAAAUAAUGGGUGCAGGAGGGGCAUAUUGUUUUAUAACCUACAGAAUCACACAGCAUUUUUAUUCUCAAAUAUGGGACAAUACCAUAAAAAGGGUUCUUUUCCAGAUUCAGCUGCAGCAAUAAGAAAAUAAAAACAUUUAAAAAGAUUUACGAUUUACCUUUGGAGACAAACCCAUUUACGUAUUCAUUAUGUAUCCAUUAUUUAUUGGAUAAGUAGCAUCAGAUGUGGACUGCCACUUAGAACAAACAAACAGAACCUACAUUGGAGCAGCUCAUUGUAUCAGCAACCCCCACCACCAAUCCACAAAACGCAAUCUUAAAAAUGACUAAAUUAUCUCCAUACUCACAAAUUAUCACUGUAUUUCAAGAGGUACAGGCAACCUAUGAAUAUACUGAAUAUAUCUAAAGUUGACACAAUUUCCUCAAUCUCCGCGCCAAUGAAUCAAGUUGCACUCCACACCUGCAGCUAUUUAAGAAAUUGUUUAACAGAGAGAACAAUCUGUGUUUGUCCAAACUUUAGCAAAAGACCUCAUGUCAAAUUACAAUGAGCUUGUUUUUCAAAAAAUAAAAUAUUGGAGAGCUGCUUCUUA